UUCUACCGAAUUAGGAGGUAAAGGAAUGGAAGUUUGGAAGAUCGUUUCGGAUACGUAAGAAGCGAUUGUUUGAAAACAUGGCGGGAUCGGCUGGUGAAUCCCGUAAAACAGAGACCUUUGGAAACAGAAACUUGUGGCAGUAUGUCAGCGGAACUGGUAUUCUGAGACCAAGGGAACUUAUCAAGAGGGAACUUGCCAGGAAUAAGGAGAAGAUUCUGAAAGGAUUGCUGUUUUAUAAAGCACCUAAUGCACCAGAAGGAAGCUUCCUGAAGGCUAAAAAAUUAUCAAGCCAACAACAGGAAUUUGUUCAAAAGUUGACAUUUUUCCUGGCAUUGGAUGAAUCCCAGAGUUACGAUGUGUUCUGCUCCUAUAUUUCUCAGGAUUUCAGAGGUUCACAGAAGAAUCUACAGCUUGCCCUGAGCACAGAACGUCACAUGCAAGGGCUAAUGGUGAAGAUCCGUGACUUCUACCACUGUGAGAGGCUCUACCUGCUGCAGACUGUCAAACACAUCCUCACUUUCUGGCAGGAGGCUGAGGGACAUCCUUACAGGGAGGAGUACACAGAAUUCCUUAAUGAACUGUUGCUAAACAACGAGCUGAUCAAGAAGGUUCUAGAACAGCUGCAUCACGUCACUGAGGCUCAGCUGCCUACCUGGGAGACUCAUGGGAAACUCAUGGAUAGCCGCCAUGCCUUGGUCUGGGCUCAUCAGAACUUGAAAGAACAGGUAGAGCUGCUGGAAAUACUGCUGGUCUACUGGAAAGACUUUGAGGCAUCACCCGGAGACUUCAUCAAGCUGCUGGACAAAUUCAAGAGACAGGGAUUUGGUCGACGACAGAAUUUCAAACACGUCCUUGAGGAACCGAUGGACAGGCUGGUAAAACGGAUCGGCUCCCUGGAGGUGUUAGUCCUCCUGCAAGCUCUAGAUCUGGAAACAGUGGAACGCCUUGCCAGCUCAAAAAGAGCAGAAGAGCACAGCCUCCUGAAGGACCAGCACAUGUUCCAGGCAAUAGACAAGGCGGUGCAGUUGCUGGGGGCAGAGCAACCCCAUGGGCCCCUCCUACUGAGCUGGGCCGUGAUUCGUCAGCUAUUUAUAGAGGGGGGCGGGGGUCAGCUGACCAAAAAGUAUGGGAACCAGGCCCUGCAGCUUAAUGUGUUUGACUUCAUACUGGACAUGCUGAGCCUGGAACCAUUCUGCGGGAAAUCUAUGACAGCCUCCCUGUCUCACUGUGUCAUCUACACUGUGUUGCUGGCAGCAUUGACAGCCUUUGAAGAAACCACACUCACACGGAGUCACAUGGAGAUGCAGGUGUUAAUUGACAUAACAGCAAAAGUGAUGGCACGAGAGUUCAUAGCGGUGAAUGUAUGGAGCAAGGGCCUGGACCAGGGGGUGGGUAACCUGUUCCAGUCUUCGUUGCUCAACUUCCCGCUUGAUUUUACGACGCUCGUCAAACUGAGCACAGCCCUUGCUAGUGCAAACAGUAGCAGUGCAUCCAAGGUGUUGGAGCUGUGGUCCGAGCUGCCUCGCUACACAGAGUACCUGGAUCGGAACAGUUCACAGGACAUAAGGCCGGUACAGGAUGACCUCAUCUGGCAACUGACCAGGGAUAAAACACCCUACUCUGCAGGUGAUUUUCGUAUCCCGUCUGGUGUAUAUGGUCAGCUGAUAACAACUGGCCGCAAGGGAGAGUUAGAAGUCCCUAUCAUACAGUGGGAGGUCCCAUACAACGGCUGGGAAUUGCUCAAGGGGGAAAUACAGGAACUGCUCUAUCAGGUUGCCAAGGGCGCAGGUAUGGUCUCCCCAGUUCAGAUCCAGCGGGUUACGGAUGUGACGCUGUUUGUGAGGGCCGUAUGUAGGUCACAGCCAGGGGCGGCAGAGGGGCUGGCUGACAUCGUGUCCCUGCUGUACAUGGUCAUACAGAGAUUUGUCACGUUCAACCCUCCACCAUUGAAACUAUUGGCUGCUGCUGUAGACUGUGUCACUUGUGUUGCUAAGCAACAACCUAGACAGGCAUGGCACGAGAUGAAGCAGACUGGCCUACUCCCGUACCUGACAGAGAACAUUGACAACAUGGCGGAGGUCCUGAGCGGUCAAGGACUGAAUGCUGGUCUCUAUGGUAACCUGCUGGCAGGAUGCGAGGUACCCCAGGGCAAUUACCUACUCACAGAAGCAUUCCUAGACUUUGUGUCUGAUCUUGUAAUGCCGUUGUACAAGCUGGGCCAGGAGGAGCAACUUCAACCAUGUUUGAUGUACAUCCUGCGGGAAAUCUUCCCUGCCUUCCAGAAGUGGAGAUACUACUCGACGCCAAAAAAGGAAAUCAUAGGUCAGAAAUGUCUGAGUAUCACACACAAGAUUUUGAACUUGAAUGUUCCCAAAGAGAAACUACAGGCAAAAAGGCCCCAUAUUCGGCAGCUGUGUGCCUAUAGCCUGCUGUUCACUGAGGCAGGAAAGGCUUUACUGGAGAUCAUAGCAACAGGGGUAGAAACCGUGGAGCUUCUGCUGUCACAACAGUCAAGCCAAUCAGAAGGCAGCGGUGAGGAUCUAGUUCAGCUGAUACAGAUGGCAUUCUCUGUGAUGAACCGUCUGCUCCUGCUGAGGUCACAUGAUCAACUCUCUCCUGUGGAGGUCGCGUUGUCAUCCCAACCAGCUGGGUACCAGAACCAGCACAUUGUGGGAGUUAUUGCAGAGUACAUCUAUCACAGGACCAACCCCCUACUCCCCAAGCUGGCCACCCUGUUUCUACGGCGACUGGCAGUGGUUCUACCCAUGUCUAUCCUUGCGUGCUUGGGCGCGCAGGCUGAGGCACUCAGAGAUAUCUACCUCAUGAGGCUGCAGUCAGCUACUGAGGACCUUGGGUUGAAGACGGGUAUUCUGGAGCUGCUGUCCGUAUGUGUGGAGAGCCAGCCUGGUCUCAUAGAACUCUUCCUGAAUGUGCAGCCUGCACCCCAGUCCAACACAGUCAAGGAUGUACAGGUGGGUCAGGUGAGCUGCAUCCAGACGGUGCUUGAUCUGAUUGAUUCCCGGCGCCAGGGCUCGUACCAGUGUCCCCCGGACCUGCUGUCAGCCUGCACAAACUUCAUCCACGCCCUCUGGCUUGGCUCUAGGGAGACAGCGAUGGUGGCCCUAAAAACCAAACCCAACUUCUGGUCGAGUUUUUGCAUGUCAUUAUUGAAGGAUUUACCCAGCAUUGGGGAUCAGUUCCUGCCCUACAAAAUCAAGACUGUUUCCUAUAUCUUCAAGGUCCUAGCUCAGGAAAUCUACUCGGUCCCAAGCAGUAACAUGGAUGAAAAUUUGAAGAAUUUCCUGAAAGACCUUGCUGCAAAGAAUCGUUUGAAAUACUGGUCAAGUUAUGUGAUGGAGGGUGUGCGGGACACAGACAGCAGACCCCAGGACACGUCCCUAGAUGGUGCUGUGGAUGUGACAGAGAAUCCUGUACACAAGCUGCUACUGGCUUGGAAAAACUUCCUUGUGGUAGUCUCAAAAAUGCAGGUUGCUGAGUUAAAGCUGGAGGAUGGAGUGAAGGAGAUUAUAGUUGUUGACCUGUUAGAAGCCAUCCAUGCUCAGUUCACUGGUCCCCUCACAGAGCUGGGACACACUCUGUCCAAGACGUGCAGUGCCCUUUACUUCACCCUGGUAACCAAUUGGAUGAGUUCCUUGAAGUCCUGGUCUCCCAUCAUGAACCGUUGCCAGGAUACACUGGUGUUGUCAAUGAGUAGCGGAGACACAAUGAUACCCUCCAUACAGAUUGGGCUCAUCGGUGCCUUGCUGGCCUUUCUGCAGAGUGUUAGGACCGAACCUAGCAAAAAGAUGGACAUGAGUCGCCUGAGAGAAAUGCUAGUGUCAGUCUGCCAGAUGCUGAUUCAAAGUACCCGAGAAUUGCCAUCCAUACGAGACCUUCAAACUGCACGGGACACACCUGAGCAGAGUGACAGGACCUUUGGCAGCACAGACCAUAGACUGAAGCUUCAGAUUGUGAUCUGCUGCGCGCUAGAUGAGCUAAUACACCUGACAGAGAGCCCAGAGGUGUGGCUGCCCAUACUUCAAGAACACAUGGUCCUAGCAGCCCUCCUGUCUUCUGUAGAGCAGUACGUCAAUGCCCAGGAGUGCGUACACUAUGUACAGACUGUGUUCACCAUGCUAGUCACUGUGGCCAAACAUGACAAGGGUGCUGAAGCGCUGGCCACUGCAGGCCUUACACACCAUGUGUGUCUGUCUGUCACGAGGUGCUACCAGAACAUGGACACCAACAUGUACCAGAGGCCUACACCGAGCAAGAAGUCCAAGGUGUCUGGCAGUCAGUCAGGGAGCUGGAUGGGUGUGUACUGUAUGGGCCUGGAGCUGUACUCGAGUCUGCUGGAGAGACUCAGGUUCGCAUUCCUGGAGGACGCCUUCAACUUUGUGGGCUGCCAUCAGGAUAGAAUUCAGCAGUGUUUGGAGAUGGCGAGGUUUAGUCUUUGUCCGGAAACGUUCCUAGAGGUGGAGAGGACCUGUGUGUUUGUGGGAGAACUGGCAACUUACAGCAGGGAAUGGAGGCUACAUCUUCCUGAGACACUCAACAAAAUACUGACUGGAAUCCUGUGCAUGAAUCAGACCUUCAUUUCCUACCUGAUCAGACCCAGGUACCUUCAACUAAUCUUGGAGCAACAGGGGGUUGAGAAGCAGCUCAACGGACGGGCACUGAACCGGACACCCUCUCUACAGCAUCAGACGUCCACAGAGGACCUUGACCAUCCCAGCAGGCACCACUUGCAAGUCCAGAACAGCAUGCUCAAGAUCCUGGGUGCCAGUUUUGUGGCCCUGAGGAAGUUUACCCCAGACCUGAUACAAAUACUUGUGGACCAGAGCAUGGAUGUGGGUGAGUAUGAACCAUUCCUAGGGGUGGGAUUUAGUACCCCACCAGCAGACCAGGACACCCCACCCACCUUCGGUACAAUGCUGUCGUGCGUUAACAUCGCCAUUAGACUCCUUGCAAAGCUUGAGCCAACAAAAUCUCCCCAGAGGGCUGACCAGGCGACAUCACAAGCUUCCCACUCAUCAAUAUACCAGGUUAUUUCCAAGAGUCUGGUGAUGUUUGUGAUGGAGAAUGCCCUCUACCUGACCAUGUCCCAGGGCAUGCUGUACCUGAAAGAUGCCGAGGUCCACCAGAGGGACAAACAGCUGCUCAAACGAGAACUCGGCACUGAGCUUAACUCCAUCCUCUCAGGUAUACAGCGGUACCUGCGGCGCGGUGGCCCACACUCCCCCGCCACCGGUCUCCCACAGACGAGCCCACGCAGCGGUCAGUCGCCUGGCGGUCCUUCGCUCAGUCGGUCAGUGUCCCAGACCUUCAUGUCCAGUCAGGAACACGCUGUCUUCAGACUGGUGCAAGAGUUCUCCAAGCAGGUGCUUCGAUGAUGGAGCAAUUUUCGUUGUUCUUGAAGCGAUUGGGAUUAAAGACAUUGAACACGUUUCGAAGGAGAGAACCUUACUUGGCUGGGAUAAAAGACGUUUUCUUCAACUCCAAGCAUUGAGAUUGUAUUGUUAUUGUUCUAUUAGCAGGGGCGAUACUAUAUUUGUUUUGAAUUAUCAGGGUUCAGAGCUGGUACUAAAGUUCGGGACAUUGUUUAUACCGAAGAAACCGUUUUUUUUUCUUUGUUUUUUGCGUACGGUCUAAAUAUUUCUUUCAGCAAUGAAAGAUAACCUGAAGAAAUUUGUGCAACAGUUUUUAGUGCUAAAAUACCGCUAGCUGGGGGAUGCUCAAGUUGUAUCUAAUUUAGUACUGAAAUCAGAUUUGAGAUGAUUGUUUUUUGCCAGUUGUAUUUAAAGAGAUGUAUAAUAUCAAUGGCUUUUUGUAACUUUUUCAUCAGACAAUUUUCAAUUUAAUAUUUUAAGACAGUUUGAUAGUGUUGAAUGAAUCAGCGAGGGUACGCCAGGUGCUUUGUACCGAAAUCAGUUACAUUUAGCCAUGUAAUACAGUACUUUAAACUGUUUCAUCUUAUCAAAGAUACGCAAACCUGUUCACAGAAGGCAAGAUUAAAGGCUUUAUUAUGUUUAUUCCACAUUUCAUAAAGAAGUAUUUCAUGACUUUCGUUUCUUUCACAUAGAGGAUGUCAAUAACAUGUGCAUACAUAACGCUUAAAAUCGGUAAAGACCUUCCUUGUAUGACUGUUUGUUUCAAGUUACCACUUCUGUGAAAGUAACUCAAAUAAUGUAUUUUUAUUUACGCAUGUGUACAAUCGUUGAACCUGGAUGAUUUAAGUUUCUGUUAGCGUUUUACAAAAUUUUGCAAGAACGAAUGAAUUGUUGUCAAUAAAUGAGUAUCCUGAAGUAGAUGAUCAUUUAAGAUACUUGUUAAAAAUGUCUGAUUCGAUAAAAAAAAUACUACGAAUUCGCAAUAAACCAUAUUUCAAUAA